AUUCUCUUUCGCUUAUAAAGCAACAACACCACACAGAUGAGCUUGUGAUGUGCAGACUGCAGUCUUGACUGCACCUCUCUCCCUCCGUACCUCCGCCAACCCCCACCCUCUCUUCGAUAGAGUGAAGCAAAAUGGGAAGGUCUCCUUGUUGUUCAAAAGUGGGUUUGCAGAAAGGUCCAUGGUCCUCCAAAGAAGACACUCUGCUUAAAAAUUACAUUCAACAACAUGGUGAAGGCCAAUGGAGAUCUCUUCCUCACAAAGCUGGGCUGCUAAGAUGUGGGAAGAGCUGCAGGUUGAGAUGGAUGAACUAUCUCCGGCCCGGAAUCAAGAGAGGAAACAUCACUCCCGAAGAGGAAGAUAUUAUCACUAGACUCCAUUCCUUAUUGGGCAAUCGAUGGUCAUUGAUUGCCGGAAGAUUGCCGGGUCGAACCGACAAUGAGAUCAAGAAUCACUGGAACACCUGUAUGCUCAAGAAACUCAAGAAUUCAGGCAUUCAACCAAAAAUACACAAGCUUUCGAUGAAAUGCCUCAAAGAGAAAACCAAAUCUAUUGUGCCAGAAACAAGCAUAACCAGAAAUUUUACGAAGAAGAAAAUUAAUGAUGACGGUAAUGCUAAAAAUAUAGAAAGUAACGAGACUAAGACGCUCCAUAUUCCGAAACCCAUUAGGGUUUCUUCGACAUUUUCGAGAAGUAACAGCUUAGACAGUGUUUUGAGUGCUGCAUCAUCAUCAGAUGAUAGUGGAGUGGACGAACAAAAGCUUAACCUGUUGUCUCUGUUUGAGCUUGAUCGUGCAAAUUAUGGGGGACUUGAUCAAGUUUGGGAGGAAGAUCAAGAUUUUCUCAGCACCUAUGAUUACCCACUUCAUUAUUCGGAUUCUUCGAGUACUGCAGAAAUGCUGGAGAAGAUGUAUGAUGAAUAUCUUCAGCUGCUGUAGGAAAGUUACAACAUAAUUUGGCUAUAUGAUAAGAAAAUAAAUAGUAUAUAUGGUACUUUAUGAUUAAUUGUUUUUUUUUUUUUUUUUUAAAUGUAAUCCAUGUAAUUAUAUGUUCUUAAUGCGUUUGCUAGUUUCCAUAUA